AUGGUGAGUUUAUAUUAAAUCAAUAUGAGAUUUUUGAGAGUUAAUUCUAAAAUGUUUAUAGUCCAAGGCCGCCAAGAAGAAGUCCUCCAAGAAGCGCUCCGGAUCGGAAGCCGCCCAAUUCGACCAAAAGACUAUCCAAGAAUUCAAGGAAGCUUUCGGAAUCAUGGACCAAAACAAAGACGGAAUCAUUGACAAGGUAAUUAAAAUUUGAUAAGAAAAUGAACUAUCAACAAAAAGUAUUGUUUCAGAGCGAUCUCAAAGAUCUUUAUGCCUCAAUGGGACAAAUUGCCUCAGAUUCUCAAAUCGAUGCCAUGAUCAAGGAAGCCAGUGGACCAAUCAACUUCACCGUUUUCUUGACCCUUUUCGGAGAAAGAUUGACCGGUUAGUUCUCAAAAUAUUGCAAUUCUGAUUUUAAUUCAAAUUUUGUUAUAGGAACUGACCCAGAAGCCACCAUUGUUGGAGCUUUCGCCAUGUUCGAUAAGAAAGAUUGUGGAAAGAUCAAGGAGGACGAACUUAUCAAGAUUCUUCAAAACAAGAGAGGAGAACCACUUGAUGAGGAUGAGAUCAAGGCUAUGUACAAGGUAAGGAAAAUAAAUUUCAAGAAAAAAUUCAAACUCCAAUGUUUUUAGGGAAAACCACCAAUUGAGGGAGGAGAAGUCGACUACAAGGCAUUCGCCCAUCUUAUCACCACCGGAGCUCAAGAUGAACUAGCCAGCGCUUGA